AUGAGGUCAAGUAACGCCUCUGAGGUGCACUUCUUCGGGACACAGAUCUCGGUCACUGUGUUAGGAAUGAUCUUGGGCUGCAUUCUUGUUUACAACGUGACGCUGCCAGUCUUCUUCAACCUCCGACUAGUUUCACUUAAUGAAUACGUGGAGAUCCGAUUCAAGUCGUCUGCGCUACGGAAACUGACAUCGAUCAACUUCAUGUUGUACAUGGUGCUUUAUCUUGCACUCGCUCUGUACGCUCCCUCACUCGUUCUCAGCUCUUUCACGAACCUCUCUUCUACCAUCUCGGUGGUUCUGAUGGGUCUUAUCUGCACCUUCUAUGUCACCAUUGGAGGUGUGAAGGCGGUAGUAUACACUGACGUGCUACAGACAUGUGUCAUGUUCCUGGGAGUGUUGGUGGUGGUGGUGAUCUCCUGCGUCGACCUGGGAGGUGUUGGAGCAGUCUGGAACAAGGCACUUCAAGGAUCAAGGAUAGAAUUCUUCAAGUGA